ACGCAAUCUUCAUCUCCACGCGCUUUUCUGCAUGAUUUGAUUCCCUUCUUCCUUUUCUCACAGGCAAUCUCAACCUUCACGGUCAAUCGACACGUCCUUGUCUAUUCAAAAGCCUACAAGAUGGUCUACAUACGGCAGCGCAACCUCGCAAAGCUGCACGAAUACAAAUAUGCUGGAGUGGACAAAUCCUUGGUCUCCAAGUACAUCAUGAAACCUUUCUACACCCAUUUCGUGAUCAAAUGCUUUCCAAUGUCUAUGGCGCCGAAUGCGAUAACCCUCUCGGGCUUCAGCUUCGUCGUCAUCAAUCUCCUGACCAUGCUUUGGUACAAUCCCACUCUCGAUACCGAUUGUCCCCCAUGGGUCUAUUUGACCUGGGCCAUUGGCCUCUUCCUUUACCAGACCUUUGACGCAGUCGAUGGAUCACAAGCCCGCAGAACACAUCAGAGUGGUCCUUUGGGAGAACUCUUCGACCAUGAAGGUGUCGACGCAUGCAAUACAAGUCUCGAAGUCCUUAUCUUCGCAGCCGCCAUGAACCUUGGUCAAUCGUGGAAAACCGUCCUCACUCUCUUUGGCGCCGUCCUUACCUUCUAUGUCCAGACCUGGGAUGAGUAUCACACACAUACACUGACGCUGGGCAUCGUGUCAGGUCCCGUGGAAGGCAUUCUCACGUUGGUCGCGGUCUACUUCUUCACAUUUCUCAAAGGAGGUGCCAGCUACUGGCAACAGCCCAUGCUUCCAACCCUUGGGCUGCCCAAGACUGACCUCAUCCCCACCGCUCUGUAUCAGCUCGCGUGGAAUGAGUGGUACAUGGUGUAUGGUGGCUUGGUCUUGGUCUUCAACACUGUCUCGAGCGCGAUGUCAGUGAUCAGGGUCCGACGAGAAAGAGGUCAAGAUCCGUAUAAGCCAUUGCUCGGCUUGUUGCCGAUAACGGUCACCUGGAUUUUGAUCACAGCCUACCUUUGGCUGAACCCGGUGAUCUUGCAUCAUCAUCUGCUUCCAUUCGUCGUAUAUGCUGGCAUGGUCAAUGCCUACUCCGUUGGCCAGAUGAUUGUGGCGCAUUUGGUCAAGGACAGGUUCCCGUACCAAAACGUGCUGGUGGUGCCCUUAGCCUGGGCCGUCAUCGAUAGCCUGGGUCCAACAUUGGGACUUUGGCCCAGUGCAUUGGGUAACGACACCUACCAGGUGGCUUUCAUGUUCCUGUCACUCGGCCUCGCCCUCGGCGUUUAUGGAAGCUUUGUCCAUGAUGUUAUCACCACAAUCUGCGACUACUUGGACAUCUGGUGUCUGACGAUCAAACAUCCUUACGUGGAAGCCCAAGAAGUCAAACAUGACACUGUCAGCCAUCCGUUGGUGGAAGGCAACGGGGAGGGAGAAGUGAAGAAGUCGAAAUAA